AUGGAUAUUAAUUCUUCUCAAAAUCUUCGUAAAGAUGAUGCAAUGAUUGAUAAUGAUCACGAUCAAUCCGAUGAAAAAUAUGAUAAAUUUCAUAUAACCGAUAAUAUUGACAUCUUUUCAGAUGAAGAACCUGAACAGAAUGAUUCAUUUAAUAAUGAAGAGGGUUCUCGAUCGUUUGAUAAUAAACAAACUUUAGAUGAUGAAUUAUUCUCAGAUGAUAAUGAGUUAUUUGCAGUUCCCGUUAAUCUUGAUUAUGAUUCAGAUCAGGAUAAUUCUAUUACAAAUAUUAGUAAAACUAAUUUAUGA